AUGAAGGGAGUACUCAGAUCGAGCUAUCAUAACUUCAGUCAGGCGCCGAUAGAAACACACUUUUGGAAAAGCGAAAUGAAAUUCCUCAACAAAACCAAGUUCCUACCUCCUCCCUCAAGCAAACAGCCCAUUGCUGGCCAAGAACACCACUCGGCAAAUGGCGUAUGUUUGCUUUCAAAAGAAAUCGACAGCCUCGACAUUGGUACAAUGGAAUCCUAA